AACCUUCGAAAAUUCUUUCACGAGAAUCAUGGAUUCGGUCGCAGCUUUAAAGAUUUUGUUGAUGAUCUACGCUUGCAGAUUUGUCAGUUCCAAAGCCUUGGAUUCAAGCGACUCGUACAGUGCUCAAGCAUCAGAAUAUAAAGCUAGUUACGAAGCAUACGAAAGCCCACCACAUCCCUUCCAUUUCGGUUACGACGUCCUGGAUGAGCACGGCAAUAAGCAGCAGCGCCAAGAGUUGGGUGAUCAGAACGGCCACGUGAAAGGCAGCUAUGGCUACACCGAUGCCCAUGGCGUGUACAGGCAUGUUGACUAUGUGGCCGACCAUUCUGGCUUCAGGGCCAUAGUACAGACCAACGAACCAGGUGUUUCCAACGAAGACCCGGCCGACGUAAAGCUGACUGCCAAGCCACCACCUCAGCACGUUCUUGAGCAACAAUACUCGAAAGUAGAAGCAGGAUACUCAGAACCGAAACUGUAUCUGAAAUCGGUUCCCAAGCCCGUUUAUCGUGAAACGUCUUACGCAUCCGGUUCGUCUUUGGUUCCAGUUAUAAUUUCACCAUAGAGAGGAGCCUUGGAUGACACGUCGGAAAAUAAUAUUGUAAAUUAACAUGUUGUUGCUUCUAUGAUGUUUUAAUAAUAAAAAAAGGUUAUUCUUGUUAA